UAUAGAUCACAGUAUGUGCAGUGCUGUUCGCGAUGACGAAGAAAGUGAAUGUGCAUCACUCAUAUUCAAUGAAAAUGAAAACAAUUACAUAAUCAAAUAAAAUUCUUCAUUCAACAAAAGCUCAGUUUCACAAAUAGUUAAAAAUUAAAGUAAAACCACGUACCUGUUUGAAAUUCAAAGCGUUAAAAAGUAAAAAAAAAAAAUAAAAAGUGAAAAACAAAAAAUAAAUUAAAAAAUAUAAAUCGCCACCGUAGCAUUUACUAAUCCCAAAUAUUGAAACUUACAAAUCUAGUUCUACGAAACGCGUCAGUUUUUCACAAUUUAAAGAAAGCAGUUAUUUAACCCGAAGAAAUCGAAAAUGCAGUGCAGCGAGAAAAGAGUGAAAAUGUUACGCUGCUUCGGAAGUUCGAAAUAGGAAGCAUGCCAACAAUAUAAGUUAUAUAAUUAUUACAGUGCCGAUUAUACCACAGCUUUGUUACAACACGAAAUGUACGUUCAGUGCACGAAUUGUAACUGCUUUUGGCAAAACACUUAAAUUAAUGUAAACGAAUAAGGUAUUUAACCAAUGAAAUAAAUAGAUAAAUUUAAUGUCACAAUUGAAGAAACAACACACAAUUACCUUUAACGCUCAAAUACUUAUUUUGUAUGUCAUUAAUAUACAUAACUAGCGUUUAUGCCAAUAUUCUUAACCGAUUACGUACAUAUAAACAUAACAAUUACAGUAGUAACUAGCAACAUCGAUACUAUUCCCUGCCUAUUUAAUAAUUGUAAAAACAUAUGUGCUUAGCAGUUCCCAUUAGAAAUUCAAGUGCUAUUGUACCUACACCUCUACAGUAAUACAUAUGUAUAUACAUACCUUUAUAUAUAUACUAUAUCUAUAUAUAGUAAAGUAACAAAUUUACACGAGUACGCAUAGUUUAUAUUCGUUUUUCGUACUGUACCCACCAAAACCACAAUAGAAUCUACAACGACAACGAAAACCCCUUAUACCACAAUACACAGGACGCGCCAAAGGACUACGGAAAAGCAAAGCACAAUUACAAAGUGAAAGUGCAAAGUUGAAUGAAAUCAGGUGCAUCUGCGACACCACCCAAUCAGACACCUACCCACCACUACUCCACUACCGUUCAACAGAGGAGAGCUAAAUGAAGUGAAGUCCUGCCUCAGAGCUCGUACAAAGUAUAACUACUUCAAAAUGUACGACAACAUAUUUGUUUCCGCAUGUACAUGUAUAAUCCAUAUGCAGUACGUAUGUGCAUAAAUGUUGCUGUAGACGUAUGUACAUACAUAUAUCACUGAUAUUCGUAGAAACACGUACGUUUAGCGAUAAAACCGUGAAAUUUUCGCCAACUCAAGUAUAAAAGUAAACGAUCCGAAUUAAGGUAGUGAAAGGUAUGGUGACAUUUAACUGCGCUUGCAGUGUGAGCAGUGUCCCGCAUACCGAAAGAUCACGCUGAGUUUCUUCUGGAGAUAAAAUGCACGUUAAACACACUCAGCGCAGAGUUAGUGGACCUGGAGCAUUUGGAACAUCCAACAAUCAAUGCGAUAGCAGAGAAAACUUGAACAGCGAUCAACAACAGCCACAUUUACCGUAUCAACAACAUCAGCAGCGUCUGUAUCAGCAACAGCAACAGCAAUAUCGACAGCAACAACAUUCACAUCCGCAUUUAUUGCGACAGUCUCUGAUCAACCUCACGAGCGCGCACAACAUCUCAAAUAAUAUCGGUGUUUCGAACGCAUCGGAACAGAAUAUAACAAGUAACAGAAGCGGUGCAGUCGCGCCAUCGUCGUCGUCCCUUAACUACCCCAACACCAACACCAACGCCAAAAGCAAUUCUAAUACCAAUAUCAAGACCACUAAUACCAACGCCAACACCAGCACAUUACACAAAUUCAUUUCCUGCAGUUGCGAAUCACUGAAAUGUGCCGCAUCAGCUGUUGCAGCAAAGUCAACGAAAAAGCGAUCUGGCGAUCCCGAUAGUGAAUCAUUGCUUGAUAGUCAAAACGCCGAUUAUACCGAUUACAACGUUGCUUACUUGAGUACUGGCCACACUGGACACAGUGCGGGUUGCAUCAGCAGCAGCAUUAGUGGUGGGGGUGGUGAUGAUCAGCGUUCGUUGCAGUGCGAAUAUCUGUCAAGUCGUAUUAGUGGCGUUUCCAAACAGCAUUCGUACGACAGUAGUUGUAGCGGGCAACUGCAUGGUCUGACCUUAACCGCCAGGGAGCGUAGUAGUGACACUGAACAACAGCAACAACAACAACAAUUGGACUGUAUUGCCAAUUCGACACGAGUGCCAAACAGUCCGAUCAGUUGCACUAACAGUAAUUACAGCAAUCAAAGUAAUAUCAGUGCGGGAACCGGAGCCGGAGGGGGUGGAAGUGGUGGUGGUGGUGGUGGAAGUGACGUUGUCAGGGAAGGAGACGGUGGUCUGUCCACUGUAGGUGACGCAUACAAGAAUUACACUCAUUACGCGAUCACCAAUAGCAAUAGCACAAGUUAUGGCAACGACUUCAACGACGACUUCAAGCAUGUAGUCGUUCAUAAUUUCAGCAAUUCCGAUCCAAUAACACGUUAUAACACCCUAAGCGGAGAAAGUGGCGGCGGUGACGGUGCCGCUAGCAUCAACGAUACUUCAGAUACUCACUGUUCGCCCCUGAAACCACAUUACAGCGAUUGUAAUAUAUAUGCGAAACAGCAAGCUGAAUAUUUUUCGAAUUUAAAAAGUGAUUUUGAUCAACACGCGCAGCACGGUGAUAAGCAGCAGUUAGUUAAUAAGACAUAUAUCUUCAAGUGUCUCGCUAAUAGCCCCUCAUUCCUCAGAUCCAACAAGAUCAAGGAACAAUCGAAGAAACUACGCAACUUGUCGCUAAAAAAUCGAACGGCUAAGAAGAAAGGGCAAAUUAUAAGUAAAUCGAACGCGGUUUCUGAUAAUUCCCUUCAUCCAGGAGACAAAUACCUCAAUUUAUAUCUAGUCGAGAAGAAAAACUCCCAACAAUACUUGCAGCAAUAUCAAUAUCAACAGCAGCAGCAACAACAAACGCAACCAGGGCAAUUAGAAACGACUGGUAGCGGAACGGAUUCGCGGCCGAUUGGAACUAGUCGACAGCAACAGCAACAGCAACAACUCCCAGAUCAGCAGCCAGUAGUUGCAGCGCUUAGCAGAAAUCUGCAACAGCAACAGUGCCUCGUUAACGGUUCGGUUCGAACGCAUCCCACAUAUCGACAUCAGUCUUCAAUUAAACGCGCUUCGAAAGAUUAUAGCGCAACACUCACACCAACGCCAUCGACACAUAGGAAUCCAAAGGCCGCCUCCAACAACCAUAAAAGCUGCAAUCUGAACAACAACGGAAACAAGCUAAGUGUUAGCACGAAUUCGUGCAACAAACUGCACGUGGCCGCUGCGGGUACACAUCCUUAUGCCACUUCGCCCAAAAGUUCGCUAUCGAGUAAUGGACAUCUGAACAAAUAUUGUUUGACGGACAUAAGUCGGCGACGAAAGGCGGCGUUUAAUCGACAACUUAGCGCCCCAACUGAUUAUACGCAUUCUUCCAAUAACGGUAACGGCAACAGCGGCUCACAUUCUGCUACCGAGGCCGCCUGCGAGUCGACAUCGACCGUAGCCAGUGCAGGCGUGGGCUCAGCGACAGCGAGGACGUCCGCAUCGCUACAGAAUUCCGUAUUAAUAAAACCAACAUCCACGUCCAAUUCGUGCACGAACAGUUUCAAUCGAAGACACAUUAAGCGCCAAAAGAAUAACAAAUUAAAUGAGAGAUUAAUUCAUGGAGACAGUGAAGAAUCUGUACGCUGUUCAUAUUGCUCCGUUUUGAAUGAGAACGACUUACGUAUAUCUUUCGAAAAUACCUGCACCGAUUCUCUAGUAACUGCAUUCGAUGAUGAGGCUUUAUUAAUAUGCGACCAAGGAAACGAAAUGGCAAGAACAAAGGUUCACUUUGAUGACGUGUCGUUAUACGGGACUCCGAAAGAGGAGCCAAUGCCUACCAUCCCCGUCGUUUCCGAAAAAGUUUCUGCGAAUUUCCUAAAAAGUCAAUUGCAAUCAUGGUUUCAACCGACAGACAAUCGGUUGGCUAUGAAAUUAUUCGGCAGCCGGAAAGCGCUAGUCAAAGAAAGAAUUCGCCAAAAAACUUCCGGACACUGGGUAAUUCAUCCUUGUAGUUCAUUCAGAUUUUAUUGGGACCUUUGUAUGCUUUUAUUAUUAGUAGCAAAUCUUAUAAUCCUGCCAGUCGCAAUAUCAUUCUUUAACGAUGAUCUGAGCACAAGAUGGAUUGCCUUCAACUGCCUAAGUGAUACAAUUUUUUUAAUAGAUAUUGUAGUCAAUUUUAGAACAGGUAUAAUGCAGCAAGACAAUGCAGAACAGGUUAUUCUGGACCCUAAGCUUAUAGCCAAGCAUUAUUUAAAAACAUGGUUUUUUCUGGAUCUAAUAUCGUCAAUUCCACUUGACUACAUUUUUUUGAUUUUCAAUCAAGAUUUCUCCGAUUCUUUUCAAAUACUUCAUGCCGGACGUGCUCUACGUAUUCUUCGUCUAGCUAAGUUACUUUCUUUGGUUAGGUUGCUACGUCUGUCCAGGCUUGUGCGAUAUGUCUCACAAUGGGAGGAGGUAUAUAUUCUGCAGAAUCUGCAAAAAAAAAGUGCUGAUCGAAGAGGGAGAAUGCAUAGAAAAGACAAAGAUGGCUUGACUAAAAGCAACCUCAUUUUGAAGUUCCUUAAUAUGGCAUCUGUUUUUAUGAGGAUCUUCAAUCUGAUUUGUAUGAUGCUACUUAUCGGCCAUUGGAGCGGCUGUUUGCAGUUUUUAGUGCCAAUGCUACAAGGUUUUCCAUCGAACUCAUGGGUAUCGAUUAACGAGUUGCAGGAGUCGUAUUGGCUAGAGCAGUAUUCAUGGGCUUUAUUUAAGGCGAUGUCUCAUAUGCUGUGUAUUGGCUAUGGCAGAUUCCCACCGCAAUCAUUGACGGAUAUGUGGCUGACAAUGCUUUCGAUGAUAUCAGGAGCCACAUGUUAUGCACUCUUCUUAGGUCAUGCGACCAAUUUAAUACAGAGCUUGGAUUCUAGCAGGCGGCAAUAUCGUGAAAAGGUGAAACAGGUGGAGGAAUACAUGGCCUAUCGGAAGCUACCACGUGACAUGCGUCAAAGAAUUACUGAGUAUUUCGAGCAUCGAUAUCAAGGAAAGUUUUUCGACGAAGAAUGUAUACUUGGGGAACUGAGUGAAAAACUGCGAGAGGAUGUAAUAAAUUACAACUGUAGAUCUCUCGUUGCGUCUGUGCCUUUUUUUGCAAAUGCUGAUUCAAACUUUGUUUCUGAUGUCGUAACGAAACUAAAAUAUGAAGUUUUUCAACCCGGUGAUAUUAUUAUAAAGGAAGGAACAAUUGGAACCAAAAUGUAUUUUAUUCAGGAAGGUGUGGUUGAUAUUGUUAUGGCGAACGGAGAGGUUGCGACUUCACUUUCUGAUGGCUCAUAUUUCGGUGAAAUCUGUCUAUUGACGAACGCAAGGAGAGUAGCCAGUGUCCGCGCGGAAACGUAUUGCAAUUUAUUUUCUUUAAGCGUGGAUCACUUUAAUUGUGUUUUGGAUCAAUAUCCAUUGAUGCGCAAAACUAUGGAAACCGUUGCUGCAGAGCGCUUGAACAAAAUCGGAAAAAAUCCAAAUAUUAUGCAACAAAAAGAUGAGCAAAUUAGUAAUCCGGAAUCAAACACUAUAACCGCAGUAGUGAAUGCGUUAGCAGCCGAGGCGGACGACUGCAAGGACGACGAUAUCGAUAUCAAGGAGAAUUUGCUUCAUGGCUCGGAAUCAAGUUUCACGGGGCCAGUACAAACGAUACGAGAAGGGUUGCCGAGACCCAGGAGCGGCGAGUUUCGUGCUCUCUUUGAGGGAAAUACCCCAUGACACUGAAGCUUGGAGCGAAUUGGUACAUAGCAAGAACAAGAAAUGCAAUAACAACUAUUGCAUUUGCAAUACCGAGGGCGACUACGACGAGAAACAAUAUGAUAAAGCAUCGGAAGGAUGUACAUACAUACACACAACCUUAUUACGUGAUGAUCACACAAAGAGAAAUACUUGAACAUAUUGUUAAUGUGUCGUUAUGAUGCAACUAAUGUCCUCAGCAAUUAAUCAUAAUUUCAGCUCCGCUAACUGUGAUGACUUUAAUAAUAAGAAUCGAAAUUUGAAAACUGGUGAACUAACUCUACUACAUACAAAAUUCAUACAUACAUGCAUGCAUGAAAAUAACUUAAUACAUAUAAAGAAUCGACAAAACCCAUGAUAAUUAUAAUUAAAUAAAAUGUAGUAAAUUAAUGAAAACCAAAUAUAUAAGUAUAUAAUUAUGUAUAUCUAUAGAAUACAAAUAACUCGCUAGUGUACAGGUUAUUUAAGAAAAAAACGACGACGAUGGCGACUCGAAGAGACUUCAAACUACACUAUAGAAUUAUAAAUGAAUUUGAAAAAAAAAUAAAAAAUCAAAAAAAAUUAGAAUCAUAAACCAAAAAGGCAUUAAACAACCCUACCUACCAAAACAUGCAAACAAUGCAAGUUGCAUGUCUAGAGAAGCUGCAUUGCAAUUAUUAUUACUGUUAAAGCCGUAUUAAAACUUAUAAGUUAAAUUAAUUUACACAUUGACAUUGAAAUAUAUAGUAGAUAAAACGCAGCCUGAGCAAUGAAACAAAAAGACCAAAACAAGCAAGGAAAGUAUAUAAAUACAAUUAGAAAUAGUGUGAUUAACUAGUGACAUACAUACUUGCAUACCAAAAACAAUACAUCCUACCAACAUGCAUUCAAGCAAUACAAACCAACCACCCCCAAAAACAAAAAAAAAACAACUAAUAAGCAUUGAUACAUACUCGUAUGUAUACAGAUAUACACUUACCUGAAGCAAAUAGAAGAGAUAAAUAAAAUGUAAAAAAAUUGCAUUCAUUUAAAUUGAAGCAGUACAUUGAAUGUAGAGAAAUGUUUUCUUUUUAUAGCAAGCUGUUAUAUUUUUUUAGUUAAAUCGUAAUAUUGCAAGUUGUAUUUGUUUUAACUAAGAUCAGAGCGAAGUACUCAUAACAACUGAACUCAAAAAGUUAAGGACACAUGUUGGGCAUAUGAAAGCACAAAGAGACAAAUUAAUGAGUAUCUUAGUAUUUUAUUACACGUAAACUAAUAAAACCAGAAGGACAACGUUUGCCUUGAAACGAA